CGCCGCUCUCAGUUCCUCGACCCGCCUGUCCUCCAAGUCGUCAUCCUCAUGUCCGAACAUACGGCAAAGCGGCAGCGUCUGACGGGGCGCUUCUCGCCUUCCUUGUCGACAUCGCCGCCCUACCACAGUAUCGCCAAGGCGCGUGAAGAGACAAAGACCGUUGUUCACCCUAACACUCCAACCUCCCCACCCUAUCCUUCCACGCACACGCACUCACUUGGAAUGUCUGGAACGAAUGCGACCGCUCCAGCCUCCGAAAUGACUCCUCCCUCGUCCGUCCACAUGUCCCAGCAACCGUCCCAAUCGGCGGCCUCUGCUUCGAACCCCCCACCGUUCGCGACUCCAAGCAGCCUCUCGGGUGCUGCUGCGUCCUCCAAUAAUGAGGGUGACGGCGAUUUCGUGAUGGCCGACAAUGCGGCGGAUGACACAGGUGCACCCAGCGUAGACAGACGUACCGAUCAUGAGCGGGACAGUUGGAGUUCUCUCCCGGGUCAAGGCGCUGCAGCAGGAGGUAUUCCUGGCAGCGGUCUGUUCAAGCUGGCGCAAACCUCUCACCCAAUGUCCCGACCAAACCCGGCAGAAGAUCUAUUCAGCCUCUUUGGGUUGAGUGACACAGCCAAAUCCGUGGCAAGGACUGACCCAAAUACGGGAGAAAAGAUUAACAAGCUUAGAAAGUCUUAUGAAGGCCACAUCAAAGCGUUGCAAAUAGCAGGCAAAGCAAAAGCCGUUAAGCACGAGCACCUCCUCACACAGUACAUGGCCUGGCCCGAGGAAGAAUAUCGCAAUCAGAGGAUCAUGGGGAAUGAGUUCGAAAAGGCCUUGGACAUGGGAACACAGAAACUGACCGGGGGCUUUGAAUCACUGAUGAACAAUGCCUUUGCUGGUAUGGGUCCCGGGGCUCUUCCGCCUCAAGAAGCACAGAAGUGGCGGACCUAUCUUGGUACCGACGAAGUUUUGAAGACCAAGCCAACUGCCGAAGGUGCACAGAACAGGAACAUGCCUACUCCAUCAGCUGCACCAACACCUGUCGCCGCCCCACCCGCCAGGGCAGCAAGACCAGAGCGGCCCGGUGCAAAGCGCAGUUACAUGGAUGCUUCGUUCCAAGGGUACAGCGAGAGUUUCGCAGACGACAGUUCCGACAAGGACGAUGGGCAGAGCAUGGCGAAGAAGCGCAGAUUGGGGUUUGAGCGGACAUCUCACCAAGUAGAGGUGGGCGGCGCACGUCGCUAGAGGCGAAAGCCCAAAGUUUGAACUCACCACUGGUCUCCCGUACCGCUGUCGUUUUUGCGGAGACCAGGCUUCCUCGGCAAUUCGGCGUUUGGCGGUUUCAAGGAGUAGGCGGAAAACGGCGUUCUACUACACUACGAAAGCGAUUUAUCGAUUAUCUGGUAUAUUUUUUAUUCGGAGGGAGUUGGCAUACUUGGGCUCUGGGGGUUAUCUGGUCCCGCUGGUUUUAUUUGGAAGCCAGUGUGUUUUUUCUGCAGCGCGUGUCUUUCUCUGCACGGAUGAGGUCCUCACGGAUGAAUGGAAGGGUGGGAGAGACGACAGACGAGCGAUGAAGGUGAAGGAGGACUACUUAUUGUUUUGUGCAUACCUGGGUGGCAUUAGUUCCCCCCCUUAUGAAGAUACCCGAAAACUCUGCACUGCAUAUGAAAUACCAUAGGAAGGAAAUGGCAUUAUCAAAAAAG